GUGUCAGAGAGAGGGGCCCAGCCGUCGUGUGUGUGUUUGUUGUUCGUUCGAAACAUACGAGGUUCUGCUUCACGGUAACCACUGAGGUGGCAGUGCCGACCCGCGACAGGAACACGCUCUAGAAUCUGCCCAGAGGUUUCCAAACAGGAGGACGAAGCUUCGAUUUCGGGCCUUGGGUCUUGCUCGUCGGUCUGUCCUAGGGGACCACGUGGUGCGAACCGUACCACCUCCUGCGAGAGGAAGAGACAUAGAGUCAUCCGGUUCGAGCGGUUUUCGCGAUUCCGAUAAUCCGGGCUAAUACCGCGACUCCAUCCUGUACAAUAAACACAUCGGAUAGCUAUGUCUCAAGGCAAGCUCAAGGUCAAGUCCAGCCUUCCAAAAGGGGUCCAGAGAAGAAGCAGGCCCGUCUUGAAACGAGAAGAUCGCACAGCACCUCGCAAAGCAAAACCAAUCACCGAGAAGCAGAAAAUCAAAGCGAAGUUGGAGAAGAGCACACGCGCUAAGAUCGAGGAAGAAAUGAGGGCCAGAGUGUCGCACGGUGACGGCAAGCCUCUGGCCACCAAGAGCAAGAAAAAAUAAAAAACUCGUCGAAUUGUU